CAACACGCGACCUGUGCGGACGUGGCCACGUCGCCCUUCCACAAGUUUCCCGCGCGAAAGUUUUCACGUUAACAAAAGUGACAAGAUAAUUUUACAAUAGUGUCAAAACAGUGUUUUUGUUGUUCGUAAUAAUUUGUGUAAAUGGGUGUUUUACUUCAUAAAUGACAUUUCGAUUUAUAUAACCCGAAAGAUGUCAGCGACCUAACAAAAUUAACCGAAGGACAACAAUGUGAAAUAAUGAAUUGAAACACACAUGAUUUCAACAGCCAACUUUACACACACACCGUCAAAUGUGAACACAAUACAAUACGAUUGCACAAACAUAACAUACAGCUACAAAAAUGCAACACACAACUGCACCUACGAAUCAACGGAGGAGUUCGAGCACUCAGGAUUCGCGAAGACGAAUUUCUCGAAUGCGACAUUCGCGAUGUCGAACGAAAAUUUCACGGAUUAUGAGAUACCGUAUUACAUAAAAACAACAUCGAUGACUUUUUGUAUAGUGAUUAUGUGUUUGGGUGUGAUUGGGAAUGUUAUGGUACCAAUAGUGAUACUAAAGACGAAAGAUAUGAGGAAUUCGACGAACAUAUUCCUAGUGAACUUGAGUAUUGCGGACUUGAUGGUGUUGCUUGUUUGUACGCCGACAGUACUUGUCGAGGUCAACUCGAAACCAGAAACCUGGGUGCUUGGGAAAGAGUUAUGUUUAGCAGUACCUUUUGUGGAGCUGACAGUGACUCAUGCAUCAGUUCUGACCAUCCUGGCGAUCAGUUUUGAGCGGUACUACGCGAUCUGUGAACCUCUACGCGCUGGCUACGUCUGCACAAAGACUAGAGCAACACUCAUCUGCGCACUAGUCUGGUUUUUCGCGGCACUUUUUACCAGCCCAAUCCUGGCGAUAGCUGAGCACCACAAGAUCACCCGCCCCGACGGCUCCACGUACGCUCAAUGCCUCACUCAAGCUGUCACCUUCUGGCAAAUCACAUUCUUCAUCGCCAUCAUAAUCCUCCUCUACGUUCUACCUCUAAUAAUCCUCAUAGUAUUAUACAGCGUUAUAGCCAAAAAUUUAAUUACAGCAGCUUCUAAAGUUGUUAUGAAUAAAACUGUUGAUCCAUACAACACAAGAGCAAGGAAGCAAGUUAUAUUAAUGCUCGGUACCGUUGUCUUGUGUUUCUUUUUAUGUCUCAUGCCGUAUAGAGCUCUCACCCUAUGGAUAAUUGUAACUCCAGCUGAGUUCUACGAUGACGUCAGCCCUGAGAAGUGGUACAACAUACUUUACUUCGCUAGGGUCAUGUUGUACAUAAAUUCUGCAAUCAAUCCGAUUCUCUACAACUUGAUGUCUUCUAAAUUCCGCAUUGGAUUCUGUAAGGUCUGCUUAUGUUAUAAAAGAAAGUUAGAGGAUAAGACAAGACGAGCUCAGAGGACGAUCACGAACGGGUCCACGACCAGCAGUAGUCUUACACGUACUACGAACAGUUUGAAGAAACUAUUUAGCCAAAGAAGUAGUAUUGAUCGAACUGACACCGAAUCAGAAAGCAAAGAAGAAGUAGAAAAGGGAGUAUUCGAUAGAAUAUUUACUAACAAAACGUUUGUGAGACAGCAAUCAGCACCGGUUUGUUCUAACACAAAGCCGGUGAUAAACAGAAUGAGGAGUGAAGGAAACAUUGAGAUAUCAGAAGUUAUUGACAUUGAACAUAAAAUCGAUCGGGAAGAUUGUGGGGGAUGUGAUGCUGGCAAGUUUAUCGGUCAUUCCAAUAGUAAAAAUAUUAGGUCAGACAUUGAUACAGAUUCGGGUCGAAGCCAGUCUUUGAGACGCAGUGUUUUAAUAAAAAGUGCCAAAGCUAGGAGCAUGGAUUGUGAAAAGAAAUCUGUGUCGUAUCAGAAGAUAACAGUUGACUGUGUAGUUGCGUUUCAGAAGUCUAAGAGUGUUGAUUAUGAGUUCCCAGAAAGUUUUGUAUAGUUUGAAAGCCUGAAAGUCUUCUGUUUUAAACUUAUGUUCCAGAUAAAUUUAAAGCAGAAGAUAAUCUAUAUUGUAAUUUUUCAUUGGAAGGAUGUUUGGAAUAAAAUAAACCUAAUUCUGUGAGUAUAUGAACUAUGUAUGUCCCA